AUGGAAACAAGUAAACGCAAUUAUCUGAAAUUUAGAUCUUACGCGAAGCUGUAUCCUCCCAAUCCGACGCCAUUCUGGGUAGUUACAACUUCUUCUUUCCGUUCUGGAGAAGCUAAAGUAACAGCAAUGGCAACAACAAAUAACAAUAGAAACUUCAUAAUAACAAAUAUUAAAUUGAUUUUUGGUUAA